CCCUCCACCAAUCACAGGCCAGCUAUCGGGAUUUCCCGCCCGCCAUUCAGAACUUGUAUUUUUGAAGGGUUGACUGUACGAUUAUGUACAUUUUUCAUCAGUAGUAGGCGACAAACAGCUACAACAUGCUUCACGAGGUGCUACUGGCCCUCAGUGGAUACCCCGGCAACAUAUUUGUAGAGAAGGACGGUAGUUUGGAGGUUGUUCCAGAUCUACCAUUCAUCCAUCCCAGCGAGCAAGAGAUCCUGUCUUCCCUUUGUAAACUUGGCACGUUCUACAUGAAGUUCAAAGCCUUCACAACAAAGUAUGGUGGGGCACCAAUUCACCCUGGUACAGAGGAAGCCCACACCUCCGACCUCCAUGGACUGUACCUGAUCGCGUUCUGCAGUGGAGUGGAGAGAGUUCUGGAACCCUACAGACAGGCACUGCUCACCCUGGAGCGCGAGAUCCUGGAGGACCCUCAGCUGACCGUCUUUCACGUCCAAACUGAACUGAUGCAGUACAAGCUGCUAUUCCCAGCCAUUGCAUCAGUGAUCAGACAGGUGGAGAGCCAGCGAGCACACGGCUGUUACAUCCUGGAGAUUCUGCACAAAAACUCCUUCUGUGGGAUGCCGGAGGUCAGGAGUGCCAUGGAGAUAAUACUGUACUAUUGCCAUGGAGUGCUCUACAAGCAACUGUCAGCCUGGCUGCUGCAUGGACUCCUGUUGGACAGAUAUAGUGAGUUCUUCAUACACCAAGGAAAGGUGUUGGCAGAUGCUGCCCGAGCAGGAAGCCAGGGUGAUGAUGAUGACCUGGGGAUCGGAGGGCUGUCAGGGAAGCAGCUGAGAGAACUCAUGCAAAUAGCAGGAGAAGAAGAGGAGAGGAAGACGUAUGUACAGUUUGCCCUGAGACCAGAGAUGCUGCCCUCCUACAUCCCUGUCAGGCUGGCUGAGAAGAUCCUGUUUGUAGGGGAGAGUAUCCAGAUGUUUGAGCACGACAAGGACAGGCCCGCCAUGAAAAGAACAGGUUCCAUUUUGAAAAACAGUGAGGACCAGUUUGCUGAAGAGCUUCAUCAGCUCUCCAAGGCCCCUCUGUUCAACCUGGCAGCUUUUGAAUCUGUGAUUGACAGGAUUCGGAAAAGUGUGGCCGAGCAUUUGUGGAAAUUAGUUGUUGAGGAGGCAGAUCUAAUUGGACACCUGAAGUUGAUGAAGGAUUUCUACCUCCUGGGGCGCGGGGAGCUGUACCUGGCUUUCAUCGACUGUGCACAGAGCAUUCUCAGAGGCCCUCCCACAAAUGUCACUGAACAUGAUGUGAAUGCAGCAUUCCUGCAGGCUGCCAGGGAUGUGCUGCUGGAUGAUGAUGAAGUCACACAGUUUCGUCUUUCUGUGCAGACCAAGGGAAAAGGACAGAAAAAACCUUCAGGACCCAUACCAUCUGGGGAGAGUGGGUGGGGUGUGUUGGGUCUCUCCUACUCCGUGCAGUGGCCACUGCAUAUUCUCUUCACUGAAGCUGUACUAGACAAGUACAACACCAUGUUCAGAUUCCUGCUCAGUGUGAAGAGAGUUCAGCUAGAACUGCAGCACUGCUGGGCACUGCAGAUGGAAGGGAAACACCUGGCCUCUGAGCAGUCAGACGUGGCCAAAUGGCAGCUCCGAACACACAUGGCAUUCCUACUGGACAACUUACAGUACUAUCUGCAGGUUGACGUUCUGGAGACGCAGUUCUCCCAGCUGGUGGAGAAGAUCCAGGCUACACGAGACUUCGAGAACAUCCGCCUGGCGCACGACCAGUUCCUGGCCUCCCUCCUGGCACAGUCCUUCAUCCUCAUGAAACCUCUGGACACUGGUGGCUCUUAUGUGGUGAGCCCUCUGUAUGGCGCCCAGAUAUACAUUGCAGGGACUUGUUCAGACGAGUUCAAACAAAUGGUGUUCCACUGCUUGAAUGAGAUCCUGGAUCAGUGCCACAACUUUGCCAUGCUGGUCUCCCUGAACCCUGGUGCACUGAAUGAGAGACAGCUGGAUCUGAUGGACACAAUUGCAAAGGAUUUCAGCCGUCAGUCCAACCUGCUGUUUAAGAUCCUGUCCAGUGUGAGGAGUCACCAGGCCUCCCCCUACCUGGCACAGCUGCUGCUGAGGGUCGACUACAACAAGUACUUCAGCCAGGCUGGGGGAACCCUGGGCAGUUACACAGCUCCAGCACCUCCCUCCUCCUCCUCCACAACAACAACUGUCUGAUUCCUGACCACCUCCCAACCUGCAACAGCUCCAUAUACAGGACAUCUGUCAUUGCUUUGGACUUGAAGUUACUGCCAACAAUUGUAUAAAUAUGGAAAGCUUAACUGUUUUAGUCAAUGUGUGGCUAAGCUUGCAGUAGUAGCAAAUGAAGUACUAGUACAUGUAGAAACAGUUUAAGCGUGACCAUACGAAAUAUGCUGUCAUUGUCAUAUAGUAAUAAUGGCAAAUAAAUACUCUGUUUACUGCAA